GUUCUUCUUGGCGCCUUAGAAUCUACACUUACCCUUCUCGUACCUAUUUUGUACUGAACUAAACCCAUUCUCUUCCUUUUCACGUUUUUCCGCAUUCUUUCUUUGCAUCCAAACAUCCUCUAUUAUACUACGAAUUUUCUGUUUGAGUUCAUGCUUAUGUUUUGUAGUUAAUCACAUCUCUGUUCACUAGAUGAUUCUCUGCCCCGUAUGAUCGCCACUACAUCCCUGCUUCCGUCCCCCAAACAGUCCGCCGUUUUCAACUCCGGUCAUCGGUUUUCCGAUAGGUUCUUCUGUUCUAUUCCUUCAGGAUUUGUCUCUAAUUUGGGUUUUGGACUCGACCGUUCUCUAUCGACGGCGGAGGGUCCCAGGAUGAUGGAGUACUUUCGGAGAAUUGGCGGCGGCUGGUUCAGGGGAGGUAAUGGUAAAGCUCUGAAGGUUGAGGCCGAUAGUUGUGGCGAGGAUAUUUUCGAUGCGGCGAGUGCUAACGCGAGGGAUCCGCCGGAUCAUCUCGUUAUCAUGGUUAAUGGGAUCGUAGGGAGUUCUGCAGACUGGAGGUAUGCUGCAGAGCAAUUUGUAAAGAAACUUCCUGAGAAAGUAAUUGUCCAUCGUAGUGAAUGUAACUAUUCAAAAUUGACAUUUGAUGGUGUUGAUUUGAUGGGUGAGAGGCUAGCUAAAGAGGUAUUGGGGGUUGUUAAACAUAAGCCUGAGGUGCGGAAAAUCUCCUUUGUGGCUCAUUCAUUAGGCGGCCUUGUUGCGAGGUAUGCUAUUGCAAGGCUGUAUGAACAUUUACCAAAAUUGGAUCUCUCAAGUCUUUCUGGGAAUUCCUCAAGUCAAGGUCAUAUGAAUACAGUGCAAUGCCCUGAGCAACCUCAUGAAGCCAGAAUUGCUGGUUUGGAGCCCAUGAAUUUUAUAACUUUUGCAACUCCACAUCUUGGUUCAAGAGGAAACAAACAGCUCCCAUUUCUUUGUGGUCUCUCUUUUCUCGAGAGAAGAGCAUCUCAGACUGCUCAUUUCAUUGUUGGAAGGACUGGGAAGCAUCUCUUUCUCACUGAUAAUGAUGGUGGCAAACCUCCCCUCCUUGUUCAAAUGGUUAAUGACUCUGAUGACCUAAAAUUCAUAUCAGCUUUACGUGCAUUUAAGCGCCGUGUUGCAUAUGCAAAUGCAAAUUAUGAUCAUAUGGUUGGGUGGAGAACUUCAUCAAUUAGGCGUCAACAUGAACUUCCUAAGCCCAACCUUCUUGUGACAGAUAAGAAAUAUCCACAUAUUGUAUAUGUUGAGCAAGAAACUAUGGGCAAUUCGCUUAAUAAAGCAUUGACUAUUGUUAGAGAUCAAACAACUGAUUUGGAAGAGGAGAUGAUUAAAGGUCUAACUCAAGUGCCUUGGGAACGAGUGGAUGUUAGCUUUCACAAGAGCAGACAACGGUAUAUUGCUCAUAGUACCAUUCAGGUGAAGACAUACUGGUUAAAUUCAGAUGGGGCCGAUGUCGUUUUCCAUAUGAUAGAUAAUUUCCUUCUCUAGCUUUCUAGUAGUUGGUCUGUUGUAGUUGAUGAUUAGAUAAUUUGAAUGGUUUGCAUUCUGUUUUGUGUAUCAUAAACGUGUUAUAUUAUAAAUGAAGAUGGAGCAACAUUUGCAACAUGUAAUUUGAUGUGAAUGAGGAGAGACUAUUGGUUCUA